UACUGAGCGAAUGGCGAAGGGCACCGAUCCACUCCGCGAUAGGAAGGCAGCGAAAUAGUUUCCGCUUGUAGGUUACUGCUCUCGGCGGAUGGACAGGUUUUUUUUGUUGUCCUGCAUCGCUUUCAAGUUUAUCACUCUAUUUCAAGAAAAACUCUCACCCGACUGACUCUGCUACCCCUGAGGCAUGUUGUGUUAAAGAAACACCUAUGCAGGUGGAUCCUACACUAAUGAAUGUAGGGGAUGGAGGCACGGUGAGCAGAGAGAUCAGUGCUCCAAAUAAAGCGUCUGCUAGUAUGGUGGGAAAUCCCCCCCAGACGCUACCCCCUGAGUUCAGAGGAGAUGUUACCCUCAGUCAGCAAAACAAGAUGACUCCAGCAACAGACUGUAAGACAGCAAAAGCCUGCCUGGACACUAGCAAUUACAACCACAGCCCUGAGCUUUCUCCGCCUCAACAGCCCAACAAUGCACCAACGUCCGACUCUGAGAAGAAAGCAGACAAAAGGGCAGAGGCUGCUAAACUCAAGGGUGAUGGUGCUGGGGUCUUCCCCUCUCCUCAGAAGUUAAGUGGCAUAAAACUUGUCCGGGAGGACUCACUCAACCCCUGUCAUAGCAAUGUGACAUCCAGUAAGAAAUCACACCCGCAAACACAAUCUGUUCAAAGUGUUCCCCCUGGGUUUCAGUGCUCCACCAUGUUCAAACAGAUCCAGCCCGUUGCCUUCCUUCCUUCUACUAAUUUCCCCUCCCCACUUUGUAAAAUUACUCUUCCACCAGCAUUGGGUCAGAUAGCAGCCUUGAGAGAAGCCACCUCAAAUCAGUUUCAGAAAGAAAUUCCGCCUCAAAGCUCAGGUGUUGGAGGGACACCUCUCAUGCGGACCUAUCCCUUUCCGUUCUCGGUGGGCCGGACUCCAGCUGCAGAGAAAAAAGUUGGAACAUUGUCGUCCAAACUUAAAUCUAACCAUUCAUCUACUAAAAAAGCCAAAUCUGUGGGAGAGCAUACGUCUUUAGCCUCAGUGGUCGCCUCACCAGCUAUUGCCCUACCAUUGCAGCACCCGUCAUUAACUCCUGCAGCACCCACCGUCUACACACUGUCUCCCACUGCUGCCAUUUGCUGUGGCUCUGCACUGGCCAGCAUCACCUCUCAGAGCAGACUGCUGAACCAUGUGGAGAAAGGCAACUGCAUAGACAAGACAACCAUGGGCUCUCUUAAAACGACGCCUCCCUCUGCUUUGGAGGACCACACAGCUUGUUCUGUUGAACCAAGGGAUGUACCUCUUGAUUUAUCUGCUAAAUCAAAACGUCCAAAAUGCAUAAAUGACCCUCCAGUCACUAUGAUCGAGCCUCAUAAUAAUGAGUCGAAUCAGAGAGAUUUUCUAAACUCAAAUAGGACUCAUUCUACAAAUUAUAGCUCAGCUGUGCAAUACCCUAUCUUACCCAACACCCACAGAAAUGGAUCUCAUCAAAAGCAAAUAAGUAGGCCUCUGAAUCACCAGGUCCCAGAGCCCAAACCAACCUGGAAUAAAGGAUCUCCACAAGACUCCAUCAAAAACAUCCCUGGGACUUAUGUAGGUGUGGCUAGCCCCAUACUGGCUUCUACUCUACGGGGCAAAGACGGAAAGGGGGCUUUUGCUGAUGAAUUUCCGACUUUUGCAAAGCAGGAGUUUAUUUCUAUAAUUGACCAAGGAGAGCAGCUGUCCACAGGGGGAAAGAAGCCAUCCUGUACGAUGAGGGGAAACCAACAUGCUCACAGCACCAAGCAUGUUAAAAACACCAGCAUAGCCAUAACUAAGAACUGUCCCUCUAAAGGAGCCCUAACCACUGCCCUGUCCAGCUCUGCCAGUGCUCAGACUCCUCAGAAAUCUGGAGCUGGCAAAACAGCGGUGCCAUUCUCCAACACUGUCGUCAGCCCUGCUUGGCAGCAGCAAACUCCUCUUCCACACCAACCCUCGUCUGCUCAGAGAAAGAUCUCACAAGGAUCUCCUAAAACAAAAGGCACCAUAGCUACGGAAAGAUCGAAAUUUCAGAGUGCCCAUCACAGCCCGUCCAAACCAGAGGAUGAUAAUUGGGAGAGAAUGAAGUCUCCCCUGUCUAACCUUGUGUCCAUCGUAAAGCAACAAACUCUCGAAAUAACAGCACCGACAGGUGAGGGUGUGACUCAACUCUCACCUGUUGCAUCAAGAAAAGCUGAUGUUUUGAAUCCACUCUCUGGGAGCCACGACACCCAAUCUAAACACAGUUCUACUUUUGAAUACCCACCAUACUGGUCUGUGGAAGAAUGGACUGGUGUGCCAUCUCAAGGGGAUUCAACUCAAGCUAUAAAGAGGCACGAGAAGGCAAAUGCCCCUGAGUCUUUGGAAAAUAAUACAGAGUUAAACAGCAGCAAGGGAGAACAUGUGGGACUGCAAGUGAGGCAGAGCUCCUCAAAGCCUGCUGGCAAGUCUCAUCUCUUUGGGAGCAAUGCAUCAACAAAUGGGAACAGGAGGGAGAGCAAACUGGCCCAGGUGUUAGAGGGGGAAAUGUUGAAGAAAGAAAGUGGGGUGUUGGACAGUCCUCCCAGGGCAAAAUUGGAGGGCAUGGUUGCAUCUAUUCUUACAGGCCAAUGUGCGGCGGGAGGCGACAAGUUUGAGAAGAAAACAAACGGAACCAAAGAGGAGUCGCCAACCAAAGCAAAAGCUUCUACGGCCAAACAAAAGAAAAGCAGUCCUAAGAAGCCAGAAAAAGAGAAGGCGGCAACGGACUCAUCAAAAAAGGCUGCAGCAAAGAAAAAGCAAGACACAAAACUCACUCCAUCCAAAGUGUCUUCUCAAAAAAAGCAGAAGAAACAAUGUGCACCUGUGCUGGAGCAGAGUCUUUUGGCGGGGAAACUUACCCCACCGAGUAAAGAGCCGACUCCGAGGGACAAGAUCAGUCCCAGCAAGGUCGAUCCACCAGCACGCAACAAACCAGUUACAGAUAGCGGCGGCGGUGCUCAGAGUGUGGAGACUCCGGUGUCUCUCAAUCGCUCUGCUGUUUCCUGUAAAGAGUCCGACGCGACAGGCAGCUUCUUCCCAAGACUGAGGCGAGGACGACGGCGAGCUGAUGAUGCUCGACUCGACCUCUGGGGUUUUGCUACGCCUUCCCCUCCACCCCCACAAAUGCCUCCUCCCCCAAGUUCCCCGUCACCACCCGUGACUCCCGUGCAACCUACCCGCCGUCCGAGAGGAAGGCCCCGCUCAAACCCCCUGCCAGAGAGAGUGUGUCAGAGCAAGGGGAAGACGGCCAGUGCAGAAUGUGACACGCCUGCUUCUAAGAAACGCCGGCGAUGUCGUAGCAAAAAGUAUCAGACCGGGGAUUACAUCACUGAGAGAGACAAGCUGGAAGACGGAGAUCACCUCGAGGAGUCUGACAGCGGAGUCCCAGCAGAUCCACAGGUGGAUCAGUGUAUGAGUCCCACAGCUAACAGUCCUGAGGCUCCUCCAAGGAAACCUUCGUUCACUCGCUCGGGGUCGAUUCGCUACCAGGAGAGCGAGCUCUCACCAGAGUGCAAUGACAAGCCUGCGGGGAAGAGGAAGUUCAAAAGCAAGCACAUAGGUGACAACGAUGAGCAGAAGAUUAAGACCAAACGCAGCAGCUUGGGCAAGCGUGCAGCAUCCCUUCCCCUGGACGUUGAUGGUGCUGAUGUAAAAAGAACAGAAAGCCCCCCACCAACUCCAAAAAGUUUGCCGUUAUCUCCAUCAACUAAGAAAGGCUCGUCGGGCAGAAUCAGCGGCUCUGAGUCUCCACCCAAAAAACCUGUUCCUCCAGAGGUCCGUCGGCUGAUUGUCAACAAAAAUGCCGGGGAGACUUUGCUGCAACGGGCCGCACGCUUGGGCUAUCAGGAUGUGGUUCAGUACUGUCUUGAAAAGGACAUCAGGGAGGUAAACCGGCGUGAUAAUGCCGGUUACACAGCUCUCCAUGAGGCGUCCUCUCGGGGCUGGACUCAGAUCGUCCAGAUGCUGCUGAAACACGGCGCGGACGUCAACUGUAGCGCUCAGGACGGGACACGGCCACUUCAUGAUGCCGUAGCGAGUGAUAACCUCCCUAUCGUCUGGCUGCUCCUGAACCACGGGGCUGACCCGACUCUGGCCACCUACUCUGGACACACUCCGGUCAAACUGGCUCAUAGCCCCAGCAUGAAGACCUUCCUCACAGAGUAUUUCACAGAUCUGGAAGGCCGCAAAGAACAGGAUUCCAGUUUACCCUGGGAUUUCUUCAGUAGCUCCCUGUUUGAGACGGAGCAGGAGCCGUGCUGGGACUUCCUGCUAUCUGAUGAGCAUCAGGAUCUGGAGGAGGAGGCACCAGGGAAAACUGAUCCCGACUCGGACAAAGACUGCCUGGUGUUUGAGUUCUCCUCCGAGCCUCUGUUACCCUGCUAUCAUGUGCAGGUGUCACUAACCCAAGGCUUUUGCAACUGGUUCCUCCUGACCGACGUCCUGAAGCGUCUGAAAAUGUCGACACGGAUCUUCCGGGCGCGUUACCCGCACCUGGAGGUGGUGAAUCUGUCGCGCACUGAGCUGUCAAAGCAGGUGUCGAUCAGCCAGGUGAGCUCUGCCUUGGCUUCCCCUCAAAAAGGCAAAAACAAGGACAAGGAGGAGGAAGAGAAGGAGGAGGAAGAUGAGGGACUUGUAGAUCUGGUGCGAUGUGUACCAGAGCUCCAAAGACUACUGGGCUCCUCCAUCCACAUCCUGCAGGAGGAUGAGGAGCAGGAGACACUGACAGACACGGGGAAGCAUCACAGCCGAUAGCCUCCCUCACACAGCACUCCUCCAAUGUGCAAACUGUUGUCAACCCGAGUCCUUCUUGCCAGCAACAGCUAGAGGAAACCUCUCCGUCCGAUGUCACAUGGGUCAAGGGUUUUAACUACAGUCACGACACUCCACCUCUAACCUUUGACCUCAGACAAAAGUUGAUUAAGUGAUCACAAAGACCUGCACACGGGAGUGGUCGGUGCUGGAAAGCAGCUUUCAGGUUCCUAUCUAUAGGUAUAUUUGAAUACAGAACUAUUGAGCAAACCUUUUGUAUUGAUUAUGUAUGUACAUGGUAGUGUAUAUGUAUAUCUUGCCAUCAGGGUUAAAACAUUUGGUUCUAUAAAUGUAUUCUAGUGGCAAACGACAAAUUAUGUUUAGGAGGUUUUUUUUGUUCCUGAGGAAAACGUUUUUUUUUUCUUCGAUGGGAUAUAAACCAAGGCUUUUAUUUUGGUGAACUCUUGAAGCUAAGACAUUUAAGUCAGGGAGGCCUCUGGCCCGGAUGGCUCCUCUGUCAACCUGGGAGACCUGCAGAGAGGAGACCACGGCACAUAAUACUCAGACGUAAUCAUUUCCAUUGUUAUUCAUUUUUCACUUUAGGAAAUCAUUACUGGACUGACCUAGGUAGCUUACGAUGUUUAUUUCUCCUUGACAUUUCACAAAGUAAACGCAGGCAGCGCUGAGCCGUCCCUGCUCGCAGUAUAAAAUAAGUGUUUCUGUUUUUUUUGGACCUUGAGAUUAAGAGUUUGUUUACAGAGUUGGACCGAUGGCAGAGUUCUCCAGUCCCCAGGUUGCACUCAUCUUGAACUGAUACAGAAUCCUGUGGAUCUCUCUCAGAGGAAAAGUAGUCCCAUCUCUGCGUCCAGAGCCUGCGCCCUCUCAACUGCAGCCACAUCCUGAUAUGGUGUCCCCAGAUCCCAGAGUUCUUUGUGUUGCAGUGUUUUAUUUACACUGUUUGUUGUGCUUAAUUUAAUAGUCGUUAAUAUAUUUGACCUCUUGUGUAUCGGACAAACCUGUCUUUGAAAUAAGUUGCUUUGUAUGGUCGGUGCUUCAUUUUGAAAUGUACUUAUUAGGAUCCCUUUAUUCAGAGAUUUUCCUCCCUCGUUUAAGAACAGUAUUUCUCAACAAAAAAAGCUGAAGUACAGUUUUAUUGUACUGGUGCUAAGACAGAUUUUGUGUUGACAAUCAAUGAUGUUUUGGUUUGAAUUCACAAACUAAUAAAAGAUAUUUAAGAUGAAGAGACUUAAGGUGUGAAGAAAAGUAUAGUUUAGUUAUGGAAAAUGGGAUCCUGCACGACUGAAAGACUGAGCAGUGUGUGAAGAGCCUUUUAUUUGAUUCUUUUAUAAGAAAUCAACAAGAAUAAAGCAUGAUUGUGAAUCAUCGUUA